AUGGCGCCGCACAUGUACGACAGCUCGUCGUCCGAGCAUGCUGAUGCUCCGAAGCCAGUGACGCAGGCACAGAAAGACAGCACCAAGAACACCACACACUGCUGCUGCUGUUGCAGGAAAUCUUCCGAGCCGGUGGCAAACGGCGAAAAGGCGACAGAGACUAACGAGGAGAAGAGCGAAGAUGGCAAGGCAAAGGACGAGAAAGAGGAGGACAAGAAGGACAAGCCGGCAGAGACUUUGGAUCCUUCCAAGGUCGGCAUGUCGUGCGGUCUGAAGAACCUCUACUCCGGCAAGGAAGACAAGAGGGGCAGGUUCACCUGGGAAAAUUCUCCGCCCGAGGACAUCGGCAAGCCCGUUGAGAAUGCGGAGACGGCAAAGUGGGCACUCCUCGUGCGGAACAUCAAGGUGUACAACGACCCUCGAAAGGUCCUGGAGAUGCAUUCCAUCGUCAUCCAGAGUCCACUCUUGAAGAAGCUCCUGGAGCGCGUUCUCAAAGGCUACCCCGGCGUCACUGCUGGUUUGAAGCGGCUGGAAUUCGAUGGUCGUUUCCAGCCGCUCAUCCACAGGUGGCCCCAGCUGAAGCUCGCAGUCGAUGAGCUGGAUCCCAAUUCGAAAUCGGAAGAUGAGCGGACGACCAAGGAGCACGCUGGGGUGCUCCUUGACGUGCUGAACUCCGAGUUCAAGGACACCAUCGAAUCGUCCCAGGACUUGAUCUCCAAGUCCGUCAUGACCUAUGAGCAUCUGUGGACCCUGUUCCAGCCUGGCGCCAUCAUCUACUGCCGUAACGACGGCCAGGAGACUGCCAUGAAGCUCGAAAAUACCCGAUAUGGCUGCGACGAGAACCAGAGACCUACCUUUAUGGUACGUUGCAAGUACGUCGAUUGGAACGGCGCGCAGUUCGGAACAAGCCGCCUGAACAUCAAGAUCUACGGCUACGCAGGGACCAAGCCCAUCCACCAGCUUGCCGCAUAUCCGAUCGAGUAUCACCAAGACCCGGAAGGUCUGCGUAAGAGGCUGGUGGAGAGAGGCGCCAAGUUCGAGGCUCUCGCUGGCUCACACUACAAGGGGUACCACGGCCUUGCAUGGAAGGAGGACGGCUGGGGCAAGAAGCAGAAGUACAGCAUCAAGGGACGCGUGGUCAUUGAUACGUACGGCUGGAACCGUUUCGAGCCCAACUUCGCCAUCUACACCAACCCUCUGACGGACAAGCAAACGACGUCCGAAGGUCUCGCCGACACUUCCGGCGACGACGAGGCGGACGGCUACGACAGCGACAACAACUCUUACUGCGGCUCCGAAGUCCAGUACGAUGGCAUGCCCUGUGAUGGCGAUUUUGAGGACGAGAACGAGGAGACGAAGCGCCCCCGUCUCACUGAAGAGCAGAAGCUCAUCGCUACUCCGCUUGUCCGAGGCUACUCUCUCAAGUCGAAGCAAUGGCUGAACCUGUUUGUAAACAGCGUGCGUGAGAUCGAAUGGCAGACGAACGCCUUUGAGUCUCUCGUGCUGCCCUCCAACCAAAAGGAGUUGAUCCUCGGCUUCACCGAGACCCAGCGGAAGGUGAAGGCCUCAUUCGACGACGUCAUCGAGGGCAAGGGCAAGGGCAUCAUCCUCCUGCUUUGCGGCCCCCCCGGUGUAGGAAAGACGCUCACGGCCGAGUCGGUUGCCGAGGAGAUGCGCGUUCCGCUGUACAUGAUGUCCGCGGGCGACCUCGGCCUGGACCCCGGCUCGGUGGAGCAGAAGCUGUCGGACAUCCUGGAGAUGUGCACCAAGUGGAACGCCAUCCUGCUGCUCGACGAGGCGGACGUGUUCCUGGAGGAGCGCUCGCUGCACGAGCUGGAGCGGAACAAGCUGGUCACCAUCUUCCUGCGGAUCCUGGAGUACUACGAAGGCAUCAUGUUCCUGACGACGAACCGGGUGCAGACGUUCGACGCGGCCUUCCAGUCCCGCAUCCACAUCUCGCUCGAAUACCCCGAGCUCAGCGUCAGCUCCCGGCUUACCGUGUGGAACAACUUCCUGGCCGCGUCGCCCGAGAAGCAUGCCAUCACCGAGCGGCAGUUGGAUUCGCUGUCUCUCAUGAGCAUGAACGGGCGGCAGAUCAAGAACGUGCUCAAGACGGCGCAGCUGCUGGCGUCGAGGAAGGAGACGGCGCUGACGUACGACCACGUGUUGACCGUGUUGGAUGUCACGCAGCAUCUGCACAACGCCAACAGGGAAACCGAGAGGACCAAGUCGUCGAUCUUUUGCUGA